AUGAAUUCACUCACCUGGCUACUCGCACCUCGCCGUAGUCCUAGCAAGUCUCAAAAUCUUACUCAACCAGAUCAGUCCUGUGAACAAUCGAAAACUUCUCCGACCCCAUCAGAUACCUUAUCCCAUUCCUCCUCCUCCUCCUCCCUCUCAUCAACAAAUCUCCAACUAGGUAGCGGGCCACGCGAGACAGAGGCCGAACUAGUCGAUAAGAUGGUCUACUCAAUCGAAAGGCGGAGCGGCUCAAUCGCUGCUAACAAGCUAGAGCGUAAGACCAGUAUGGGUCUCGAUGGCGAGCUCAGGUUCGGUCUUCCUGGAAUCACCGAACGUCGCCGGACGCUCCAUCUCGAACCUGGUCCGACGACACUUUCUCAGUCGAAUAACGAUCCACUCGAUCUGAUCAAUCAAUCAACUUUCCCCGCCACUCCUCUAUCCACACCGCCCCCAUCUUCACCUUCACCCUCCAAAUUAUUAUCCUCCUAUAAUCCCUACCGCCAUCUCAUCCGGCUACUCCCCGUCCGGCUUGGCAUCAAGCUAUACAUCCUCGUCCGGAAGUUCCUCUCACUCUUCGGCUUACAACUCCCCUCACACGACUCAUCGCCGACACCAACAGAGAAGACUGUCGAAGAGAAACCUCCUCGGCCACAACUUCUCAGUUUGAUGUGGUCCAAGUUCACCCCGAAGAGCACAGCCGUCAAAGUCAGGGAACUCCCAAGAAGGAACAAGACGCUCGUCUUGGAUUUGGACGAAACUCUGAUUCACUCGACUAGCAGACUAGGCGGAAUCGGCGGGGGAAAGUCCUGGAGUAAUCAAUCAAACACAUCUGCUGGAUUGAAAGUUAGAGUCGUCGAGGUCGUGCUGGAUGGCCGGAUUGUGGUUUAUCAUGUUUAUAAACGACCUUGGGUAGAUUUUUUCUUGAAAACCGUGUCAAGCUGGUAUACUGUUGUGAUCUUUACCGCUUCUAUGAGGGAAUAUGCAGACCCGGUAAUAGACUGGCUAGAUCAAGGAAGAGGCUUAAUUGAGGGCAGAUUAUUUCGGGAGUCUUGCACAAACAUCAAAGGAUCUUAUGUCAAAGACUUAACAGUGGUCGAAAGAGAUUUAAGCAAAGUAUGUCUGGUCGAUAACAGCCCAAUCAGCUAUGGGCUCCAUCAAGCUAAUGGGAUACCGAUUGAAGGAUGGCUGAACGACCCUCAAGACGAAGGAUUACUGGAACUCUUACCGAUGUUGGACAGCCUGAGAUUCACCAAAGACGUCCGCCGGAUCUUGGGCUUGAAGGCUUUCAACAUCGAAUCUCAAGAAAUCUGA